AUGGUAAUCGACAGAGUGACUAUGAAGGGAGAAUCGCCUGGCACCUGCCUUGUCCUUGAUCGAGUGAACAACAUGCAAGAACGACGACAGUCUCCGUUGGUUGUAUUGAACGAAGGAGGGGGAAGCUUCGCUUCCCCCGGGGAGUCUACGACUCCCCACACGUACACGGAGAAUGCACACAUGAACGUCGUGGUACCCAAAAGUCGCAAAUGGUCAUUCUCGUUGACCGAUAAGACCGGUGCAACGAUUGCCCUGCCAAUGCCGAUUACAGUGUGCAUUCACUUCCACACAAUAAAUGAGUCAUAA